CUGUUUCAAUCACAUGUUGCGGUCUAUGUCUGCGGUAUAGUAGCCUACAUGUACCUCCACCAGUGUUGUGUUUGUACAUGUUAUUACUAGCCAGUCGGUCGGUUGGACUGUCGGAGCUGCCAAAAGACAUGACUUCACCUCAAGCAGCUAAAUACCUGACUAGCUACAAUUUCAGGUCAUUGUAUUUAAUCUACGAGAAGGACACACGUGCAGCGGUCUGAUUGAUAACGCGAGAGAAUACGAAAGAAACAGCUGAAAGAUGAAAGCCUCCAAGAGCUAACGUUGUAUUAAGGUGGUUGUUAGCUGCUACUCGGGUAACGUUACGCAUGUUAUUAUCCAGAAGCCAUAAGUACUAGCGCCUCUAUUUUCUCGCUAGCCUUGCUGUAAAACCAACGGUGAAUGUCUCAGGCAUAACGAAUUGAACACCUAAUUUCACCCGACCUUAAGCUGAAGAAAAUCAGUACGCUAACGUUAGUUAAAUCAUGUUUGUUUUGCGGUUGGGAUGGAGUCUGAACCUUGAUUGUUUGUGUAUUGAUAGCAGUCAAGCUCUCUUCGUUAACGUUAUUACCCAUUUUGCUGUGAAUAUAAUGCAUGGAUAGAAGUGACAGUUUUGCAUUCGAUGUUUUUUUCCAGUUUACUGACUGGCUAGUCUAACGUUACAGACUUUGCAAUAUUGGUUGGUCAUCUAUCAUCUUUAGUGAGCUUGAAAUCAGUCGGCUUGCUGGCUACAUGUAACUUAGCGGUAUAUGUGAGGCAAGGUUAGCCUCAACGCUGUCUAAAUGAUCCUGCAAUGUCCCCAGUUAGUUAGCAAAACAGCUAGCAGUAGAUCUAGCUAGUAGCUUUCGGCUAUAUUAGCUUGGAAAAGUAACGUUAGCUGAAGGUAUGUAAGGUUAGCAACCGGUAGUUGUAGUUCGUCAUUACGGUAUAUUUUCCCCUCUCUCAUGAUCAAGUAGGUCAAUAGCCUACAGGCUAAUUGUCGUCAAACUUAUUAGAGGGAUAUAGUUACAUUGUUUAUUUAUAUUUGAAGGAUAAUGUUAGCUAUAUAGCAUCUUGUUUGUUAACGUCAACAUAAGCUAACGGUGGCUAGUUUGGUUCAUAGCAAGUUCAUACAUGUCAGUGUACCUAUUUGCCACAUUGUGUUACUAAGAAACCAAGUCAGGCACGGAGUUGAACUUUUCUCAAACCAUGAAAAACUGUGAGUACCAACAAAUUGACCCACGAACACUGACUACACCUACGGCAACACCUACGUCAACACUACCGCUUGCUAGUAAAAAUGUCCAGCGACAGCGGAGAAGGUGGGAAGUGUUCCCCGGGAGGAAUCGCUUCUUUUGUGACGGACGGAUUAUUGUUGCCCGGCAAAAUGGUGUACUGCCAUUGACUCUUGGCCUUAUCUUCAUCACCAGUGGCCUAUUUUUUAUAUUUGACUGCCCCUUUCUGGUGGCCCACCUGACUGUAUGCAUCCCAGUAAUAGCUGGGGUGUUGUUUGUGUUCGUGGUCUUCUCUCUCUUGCACACCAGCUUUACAGACCCUGGCAUAUUGCCGAGGGCCUUGCCAGAUGAGGCUGCCGACAUUGAGAGGCAGAUAGACAACUCAGGCUCCUCCACCUACCGCCCCCCUCCCCGCACAAAGGAGAUCCUUAUCAAUGACCAGGUGGUUAAGCUUAAAUACUGCUUUACCUGCAAAAUGUUCCGGCCUCCGCGCACAUCACACUGCAGCCUGUGCGACAACUGCGUGGAGAGGUUUGACCAUCACUGCCCCUGGGUUGGGAACUGUGUGGGUAAGCGGAACUACCGCUUUUUCUACACCUUCAUAGUGUCGCUGUCUUUCCUGACCUCCUUCAUAUUUGGCUGCGUGAUCACCCAUCUCACAUUGCGAGCCCAGGGAGGCAACGGCAUCCUCAACGCAGUUCAGCAGAGUCCUGCCAGUAUUGUGGAGCUGGUGGUGUGCUUCUUCUCCAUAUGGUCUGUUUUGGGCCUGUCAGGCUUCCAUACUUACUUGGUAGCCUCAAACCUAACCACCAAUGAAGAUAUCAAAGGGUCGUGGUCGAGCAAAAGAGGUGUAGAGGACUAUAAGAACCCAUACAGUUACAACAACAUUUUCACCAACUGCUGUGUGGUGCUUUGUGGACCUAUGCCACCCAGUUUGAUAGACAGAAGAGGUUUCCUGCCUCCAGAGGACAUUCCACCCAUCAUCACCACAGAGCAGGAGCUGCCUCCCUUCCUGGCCAAGAACGACACAAACAUGUGCACGCAAGGCACCAAGGAGCUGCUCGAGAUGGUGGCUCACUCCCCCAUGUUUCAGAGCCAGUGCUCACCCGGCACACCCAAAACGGUCCCGCUGAGCCCCAGCCAGCAGGACACGCGUCCGCUCACCAUCAUCUCCAGUCCACAGGGCACCCGGGCCCCUUCGCCACCCACCACCGGCUGUUCUGGCCGCCAGGCCCCGGAGACGCACCCCUGCCCUUCCUCGCGAGGCUUCCGCCGGCCUACCCUGCGCGCCCCCAACCCUGGCUUCCUGCUGGGUAGCCCGUCGUACCUGCACCCGCACAGCGCCCUAAUCUUCAGCGACUCCCCGGAGCUUGGCUUCCUGCCUCUGCCAUAGAAUCUCCAUGCACCAGACAGACGCAUGCUGUACCCUACUAACACUGAACAUUGCGUAUGUAGGUGCAACCCUCGAUUGCUUGGUCACCAACCCUGCCUUUGGCGACUGUGGGCAUGGAAUACCUCAUGUCCAACCCUGGACACGAGGACCACAGGGGUUUUUCUUCCCCAAAGCGGCAGACUCUUAACAUGUGGGUACUACACCGAACUGAACAUUUUGUUACUCCUUUAAACCCCUGAGCUCUGAAGUAUGGUAUGUCCAAGCAUGCUGUCCGCCACAGAUAGGCGUGCUGUUCAGAAAGCCAUUGUAGAUGAACUGUUGCAUUGGCACAUUGUCCUGGAUGCCAGCUCACAGGGCAUUGACCCCAUAGGACCGCUGAUAGCAUCAAGCCAUGGUUAUCGGCAUGAUUACUGUCUUUAGUUGUUGUUGUUAUUGUUUUUUUUUAUUAUUAUUAUUAUUAUUAUUAUUAUUAUUAGUAGUAGUAGUAGUAGUAUUAUUUUAAAACUCAGGAUUCUUGUGAGACGCCAUAUAUCCUUAAUCCCCAUCCCUAGAAUUCUUAGUAAGGAAAGUGAUGGGAAGCGAGUGUGUUUCCACAAGCCUCAACUCCACACCAAACUAAAGCACAAAACCGCAAACAAAACUAAACAUGUUUCAUGCACUUUUCCCAGCCUAAUACAUCUCACCCACCGAGACCUCCUAAAGUCCCAGAGCCUCAAAGUAAGGCUGGGCUCCCUGAAGCAGCCUUUACACCAUCGCAGGUCAGCCUAUGCCUCUGCCUCAAGCAUCCCACUAAAAUGAUUUUCACUGUGGAGAGUAUACUUGAUGGGAUGGGCCUGAUGGGAUAGUGCACCAAAGGGAUGUGGGGAUCCUGUGGCAGAAAAAGAGAUAUGAAAGUCCAACGGCAGGGGAUUGACCGUUUGUGUCUCUUUUGCUGCCCUGCGGCUCUUUCUCCAUCUACCCACCCUUACUCUAUUGUUAGAUCUCUCUGUCUGAGUUGCUCCGAGUUGGUGAGGUCAGGACAGGGGCACUUGAGCAAAUCAUUUCACUCCUUGUUUGUGGACCUCUGUUCUCUGUGGGUCUAUAAAUGUCAGGUGAAAGCAUACUGACUCUUUUCCUUUCAUGUGUUGGGCUAAUAAGAAUGCUGUUGGUGUUUGUGAGUACGACAGAUUUGUACUUUUCUAGGUCAGGGAUAUACACGUAGGUUUCCUGCUGUUUCUUUUUGUCAAACAAAUAAUGCCCACCACACUGUGGACAGAUGUGUAUUUCAUUUUUAAUAUGCUUUUUCAGAAUUAUGUUACUGUCUAUGUGAGUAUUACCACAGGAAAAUAGGAUAUGUUAAGCAACGAUUGAACCUGUAUGAAAUGUAGAGUUGUUUGACAGUACAUUUGUAAUGCAGAAUUGAAACUGGAACGUUGGCCUUCUGUUAUUAUGUUAAUACUGAUGAAGAUGAUGAUUUUUGUAAUGUAUCUGAUGACCUGAUGAGUUUACUGUAACCCAGUACACAACACCACACCUCUGGCCACCACUGUCAGUUCGUUCAUCUAUUACCCUCUCUGCAAACAGAGGCCUGUGUCACCCAGUCCCCCACAGUCCGGUCCCACUCUGGGUCAAAAUUACUUUUUGGACGAGGAAGACUUGCCACUGCCAACAUGUAUUUGCUGCCUAGUUUUUAUGGGUCAGUAAAUAGAUUUAAACCAG